AUGAAUACGUUUACCUUGUCAUUGAAUACAAUUGGGUGGAUCCAACUUCGAGAAGAAGAUCAGUCGAAGAAUCCGCCUUGGGCAGCUUACAGUAAAUUGAAAAGCGUAUUUUCAGCGGUUUCCCUCCCUCAAUGCUUAAAGUCAAAAGUCUUCGAACAGUGCGUCCUACUGAUGAUGAGCUACAGCUCUGAAACUUGGUUUCUUACUUCUACCUGGUGCACAAGCUCCGUAUCGCUCAACGAGCUAUGGAGAGGGUUAUGCUCAGUGUUUCUCUACGCGAUUGAAUUAGAAAUGAAGAAAAUAUCACUUAAGUCUCCGAACCGAUAUACCAAAAAGACCGUAAAAGCUUAA